UUAUGACCUCUUGUCUUUCUUUUCUUCCCAAGUCUGCACAGGUGGAGGAAUGGAAAACAGCCACGUCUAUUUAUGAGUUCACUGCCACAGAUAUUGAUGGCAACAAAGUGUCUCUGGAAAAAUACAAAGGUCAGGUGGUUAUCAUCACCAAUGUUGCCACCAAAUGAGGCAAAGCCCCAGUAAACUACUCUCAGUUUGCACAGAUGCACGCCAAGUAUGCUGAGAGAGGUUUAUCCAUCCUAGCUUUCCCAUGCAACCAGUUUGCCAACCAGGAACCUGGUACAAAUGAACAGAUCAAACAAUAUGUCGAAUCCUUCAGUGUGCAAUUUGACUUAUUCAGCAAGAUCAAUGUAAACGGACCAGAAGCUCAUAGCCUGUGGAAGUGGUUAAAGGAGCAACCGAAUGGUGAAGGAUUUCUAGGAAAUGGAAUCAAAUGGAAUUUCACCAAGUUCCUCAUUAACCGACAAGGCCAGGUUGUGAAGAGAUACUCGCCACUGAAGGAUCCAUUUGCAAUAGAAAGAGAUAUCCUGAAAUAUCUGUAGACCCUGCAUUUAAUUUCCUCUUAACCACCUAUUUCCAGUCCCUUUCCUAAUCCUCUCCUGUGGCCUGCUGACAGUCAGUGGUGUCAUCCCAUGGAUUUAUGACGGUUUGUCUUGAAACCCAUCCUGUGGAAUGGACAAUCCUGAUGAGUUUGGCGUGCAAUUCUUCAUGGGAAGAUCACCAGCGCACAGACGGUCAAGUGGAAUAGAACCUAUUCCUUCUAUACCAUAAUAAUGUCUUAAGAGGCUAUUGCCUAUUAAAACUCUUAUAAGCUCUUAA